AUGUCGCCCGGCAAGACCGCAAACAUCUCGUUUGAAGACAACUUCGCCAACAUCAUCAAUGGCGAAGCACGCACAAAAUCAGACAACUAUCAUAGAGGUGUCAACCCUGCAACUGGCGAGGAGCUCUGGAACGUGCCAAUUGCUACCCAGUCAGACGUUGACGAGGCUGUCGCUUCGGCGCAGAAAGCUUUCGAGUCAUGGAGUGUGAGGCCUAUCGAGGAGCGCAAGGAGCUCUUGAAGAACUUCCGUGAUCUCUGGAAUGGUUACCACGAGGAGUUUGUUACGCUGCUGUGCAAGGAGACUGGAAAGCCCAGACAAUUCGCCGCCUACGAGGUUGGCGCCAUUGGUGCAUUUAUCGACCACCACGUGUCAUUGGACAUUCCCGAAGAGAAAAUCGAGGACGAUGAGAAGAUCAUGACAACGAGAUACACGCCUCUGGGUGUCGUGGGCGCCAUCUGCCCUUGGAACCCAGCACUGAUAGUCUUUUCGCAGUUCCCUCUGAUUCUCUCUUUCGGCAAGAUCUGCCCUGCUCUCCUUACUGGCUGCACCAUCAUCGUCAAGCCCUCACCCUUCACUCCCUAUUCUUCGCUGAAGGCAAUUGAGCUGGCUCAGACCAUCUUCCCUCCUGGCGUCGUUCAGGUUCUUGGUGGUGAUGACAAGCUUGGUCCCAUGUUCACCGAGCAUCCUGGCAUCGCAAAGAUCAGUUUCACUGGCAGCACUGUUACUGGAAAGAAGAUCAUGGCUGCUUGCAGUAAGACCCUCAAGCGUGUUACUCUGGAGCUCGGCGGCAACGAUGCCAGUAUUGUUAGAGAGGAUGUUGAUAUUGAGGCUACUGCUCCUCAGCUCGUUAUGGGAGCUUUCCAGAACAGUGGCCAAGUUUGCGUUGCCACCAAGCGAAUUUACAUUCACGAGAAGAUCUACAGACCUAUGGUUGACGCAAUGUCCAAGGCUGCAGCCAGUUUGAAGGUCGGCACACCCGACGAGAAGGGCAUCAUGCUUGGACCCAUUCAAAACCAGAUGCAGUAUGAGAAGGUCAAGACCUUCUUCCAGGACAGCAAGGACAAGGGCUACAAGUUCGCUGCCGGUAGCGCCGAUGUCGAAAACAAGGCCGGUUUCUGGCUCCAGCCGGCCAUCAUCGAUAACCCUCCUAACGACAGCAAGAUCAUUCAAGAAGAGCAAUUCGGUCUCAUUCUUCCAGUCCAACCUUACUCUGACGAGGAGGAAGUCAUCAGACGUGCCAACAAUAGUAACUCUGGUCUUGGUGCUUGCGUCUGGAGUAAAGAUGAGGAGGCUGCUCAUCGUAUUGCUCUGCGUCUGCAGGCCGGCAGUGUCUUCGUCAACUCGUUUGAGAAGCUCACUCCCCAAGCUAUCUUUGGAGGCCACAAGGAAAGUGGUAUCGGCGCUGAAUGGGGCACACAGGGUCUGCUGUCCUACUGCAACCCUCAGGUCAUCCACUUUUACAAGAGCAAGCUUUAG